AUGAGGGAUGUUCUCGCCUUAACGCUUCCUCGAACAACCUACAUAAAUACAUCGAUAAAAUUGGCUAAGCCACCCAUUGUGGAGCGCGACAAUGCCCUAUGGGAGCGCGAUAACACCAUUGCUGCGCUCCAGUUUCAGGAGAACACAAUGAGUGCUUUGUUGGGUGGUGGCGGCGGCGCACGUGGGUUGAAGCGCAUGAGCUUGCAGUCGACCCAUAUGCUGAUGGAACAGUGCAUAAAUGAUGCACUCCCAGUGUCCGCCGUUCCAUGUGAAGCAGCAAAAUCACUUAAGGCAGCAGCAAGGAUUGCUACAAACAAGGAUCUCAAAUCGAAGAUAGCUAAGCCACCUAGGAAAGGGAAGAAAAUAAACGAGGAUUUGAACACAACCGACGGGUCUAAGGCUAAAUUGGAUGCUCAGGAAAACCCAACAACAAAUUGA